AUACUUGUUGAUGCAUUACCAAAGAAUUAAUCGAAAAGCGAGGUGCGCAGUGAUAUUUGCUGUAAUUGUUAUAUAUAUACGCGUAGCGAGUGUGUACAUUUAUUGAUUUACUAUUUGAAGGAUUAAUAAGAAGUGACAUCUGGCUCGGUAGUUGGCAUCCCUGUGAAAACGUAGUGAAGGACAGACCUGUUAUAAACCGAAAUUAUGGAGUUAUACCGGAAGUAUCCUGUGGUUUGCACGGUAUGGGCCUUUAUGGAAGUGUUACUGUUUGGCGGUGUAAUAUAUGGAUGGGGAUCUCUAGUGUUUAUUCUCAAAGAGGAAGGGUUUUAUUCAGACUAUUGCACGGAGAAUGACAUUGGCAACAACCCUGAUUACUUAUCUCCCAAUCAAUUUCCUUAUUUGACAUUGUCUAACAAUUCAUUGGAUGAAAAAUCUUAUGACGUCAUCAUCGCUGAUGACAAUAGCAGCACGUUCCAGAGAAUUACGGAGAACAAAGCGAUAAACGGAGGAUGUUCGGCACAAGAAUCUCAGCUGAAUCUCUGGUUUUCCAUAGCAGUCAGUUUCAUGUGUUUGUCUUUCGCAGGCAUUGGUUACUUAAUCAGACACAUUGGCACGAGAAACACACGAGCAAUAUUUUUGCUGAUCUAUGCCAUGCGACCCCUCCAAGCGAAAGCACGGGGUUUUAGAAGUUUAACUGGUGGGGGUGUGAAGCUAAAACCCGAUUAUACAAACUUUAUUUACUUGAUUGGAACACUAUGUUUGGCGUUCACAAGUCCAGAAAUACCAUGGCUACUUCUACCCGGCUUAUGCUGUAUUGGAAUCGCUGGAUUGACCGUUUACUCCACAAAUCUACAGGUAUCAAAUCUUCAUCCUCAUCUGCGAUCAACGAUUGUUGCUAUAUUAACUGGGUUAUUUGACUUUUCCUCUAUCAAUAAACAGAUUGUUAGGAUUGCUUACGAAAGUGGUAUCGCGAGACGGACUUCAUAUAUUUUUAUCUCUGUUAUGUUUGCGGUUAUUAUCGCGACGAGCACGUUGUUUUUCCUACCCAAGAUGAAUAUCAGUGAGGACUACAUGAAGGAGCAGAAGAGAAGACGAAGCAGUUGCAUGCAAGAGAAGAAGCUGGUCAGACAGGACGAUAGUUCUCUACAGCCGGCGGAAAAACUCUAUGAAGAGCUUCUAAAAGUGCACGAAAAGGAACUUGGUGUCAUGAAUGGCAGUGUACAUCUCGCAGCGGCAGGCGAUUCGUCUAAACCAUCACUGUUAUCCGUUGUUUUCUCUAUGACAUACAUGUUACACCUCUACUGGUUGUUUGUGCACGCUCUGAGAUUUGUUACGUUCAUUGGACAGCUAAAUGUGUGGUUGGAGAAUAUCUUCGACGGAAAUGAAGCCAAAGUUGGAGAAAUGCUUGCUAUAUUCUCAUACAUGACAAUGGGGGCAGUUGGUUCUGCGUUGCUGUGUGGCUUUGUAUAUGAUUAUCAACGUAAAAGAUACGUCAAUGCUGGUGAAAUCAAACGAGUUUACUUUCCUGUGGUGCUACCAAUGUGUUUGGUCAUCUUCUACUCUAUAGGCACUACAAUAAUCUGCUAUAUAAAACACGAAGUCGCCCCGUAUUUUGCAUUUGUACUGUUCACCUUAUUCCGGACGUCGUUGUUUACCGUGGCCGUGGCUUUUAUUGGCGAUGCGUUUCCAAUUGACUAUUUUGGUGUGUUAUUUGGCUUUAUUGAGUUAUCAGCGGGAAUAGCCGGUCUUGCACAGUACCCAUUGUUCCAGUGGUAUGACGGCUACGAUGGAUCUUAUAUGAAUGUAAAUCAUUUUCUGCUUGUCCUCGAAGUGUCCACAGUGAUACAUCCAAUACUCCUGUAUAUAAAAGGUCGUCGGGACAAAGGUGAACGCAGUUGCAAAGUUUAUAGACACGCGUAUACGAUUGUCGUACCGGGAACGGCGUGAACAACCAAUCGCUGUUCAGUAUAGAAGAUUGCGGGCCAAAGAGAAGCGAAUAGUUAUAUACCGGGGAUGUUUUUAAAGAAGACUAUAUUUAAUAAACGGCUACAUUUGGAAGGAAGAAGUAGAGAUUGUUGAGGAUGCAAAACAUGACCGCUUUAUGAAAUGUGACAUAUCUCAGCACAAACGUUCAUUUUUGUAUCAUGUAAUAUUGAAGCUAUUUGUUUGUGAAUACGACACUUUAUCAUUCUAUUCACUGCUCGUCUUUUAUUGUUUCGUGUAGUUAAGUGUGUGCACUUUUAAAGCAAAAUGACAAAGCUUAUGUUUGUCUCUGUUUAAUUCAUUAUGCAUGUAAGUUUAUUAUUUAAUACAUGGCACAGUAAUGUUUAUGUUGUAGUUUGACAUGGGAAUCGUGACUUUUGUCCCUUUUAUCUGUAUGCAUUUUUGUUUCAUGCAUAUUAAUGACUCAUAAUAAUAAAUCUUAAUAAAUCAUUA